AUGCGCGCGAAGCACCAGGAGCGCGUGCGGAAGCAGGAGGAGGCUCUUGAGGAGAGCCAGGCGCGCGGCGGGGGCCGCGGGCGGGAGCCCGCCGGGAGCGGCGACGCCGCGGGGCAGCAGGAUCGGCUGUACCUGCAGGCGAUGGACCAGAUGAUCGCGCGGCGCAAGGCGAACGAGGCGCGGACGGCGGAGCGCGCCGACCAGGCGCUGGCGCAGUGCACGUUCCGGCCGGUGGUGAACGCGAAGUCGAAGCCGCUCGCGCUGCCGGGGACGGCGUUCGAGCGGCUGUGGGACAACGCGCAGCAGCAGCGCGCGAAGCGCGAGCAGCUGGAGAAGCGGCGGCGCGAGGAGGAGGAGCAGGCGGUGUCGAGCGACUGCACGUUUCGCCCGAACAUCGACGCGAAGAGCAAGGCGAUGAGCAACGCGCGCGUGGCCGCGCUGCGGACGAACAAGAUCACCGUGUUCGACCAGCUCGCGCAGGACGCCGACCGGCGGCGGAUGCGGCAGGAGGAGUUCAGCCUCUACAUGCCGCCGGAGGCGACCUUCGCACCGGAGAUCAACGACCGCAGCAAGGUGAUGGCGAGCGUGGUGAUGCAGGCCGUGAAGGAGGGCGCGUCGCCGACGGCGUCGAAGAGCGAGGGCGCCUCGGAGGGCGGCUCCCCGCAGAAGGGUCCGCUGGGCAAGAGUCAGGUCUCCCGCAUGGCGCGGGUGAAGGAGGAGAUGGAGGCGCUGCAGAAGAUCGACGCCAAGACCGGCAAGCCGCUCUUCAAGCCCGAGACCGGCCGCGCGAACGUCGGCCGCGAGCUCGAGAAGGGCGGUCUGCCCAUUGGCGACUACUUGUACCAGAAGGAGCUGGAGCGGCGGCAGAAGAUGGAGGUGCUCGCCAAGGACACCGAGGCGCGGCGGCAGGCCGUGGCGUCGCGCCGCCCGAACGCGUCCUCGCAGCGGUACCUCGAGGCGCUGCGCGGGCGCCGCUUCAAGCAGGUGUUUUUUUACCUGCUGCAGAACCUGGGCCCGGCGAGCGGCGCGAAGGGCGCGCCGGCGAUCGACAUGGACCCGCUGCUGGUGCCCGGGAACCCGGUGAUGGAGAGCAUGGACGGCGAGGUCCGCGCGGACGUCGAGGCGGCGGCGCAGCUGCUGCUGGCGAAGGGGCGGAGCCCGGUCAAGGGGAGGAGUCCGAAGAAGGCCCCCCGGCCGCUGGCGACGGAGGAGGUGUUCACGGCGCUGAUGCAGGAGGUGAUCGCGACGAGCACGAUCAAGUCGCGGACGUACCUGCUCCCUGUGUCGCGGCAGCGCGCCACGGACGAGAACCUCACCUUUCGCCCGCGCAUCAACCCGCGGAGCAAGGAGAUGGCGGAGGCGCGGCGGCCCGUCGGCGCGCGGCUCGAGGACCUGCUCACGGACGAGCAGAAGCUGCGGAACGCGCGGGCGAAGGCCCGGGAGGAGGAGAUUCAACAGUCUCGGAUGAAGGACUGCACGUUUGCUCCCAAGCUCAACGAGAACAGGAGCAAGGAGGGCCGCGCGUUCAAGGAGGCGGCGGCGCGCGCGCGCCGCACGGGCGGGCCGAGCGACGCCGUGCCGAUGGACGGCGACGGCAGCGGCGCGUACGGAGACAUUGAGGCCGAGGUGCUGGAGGCGCUGGACCGCGCCAAGCUCGGCGGGGGGCCGAACGCGCCCGGGAAGGUGAUUUCGCUGCGCGGGUUCCCUGUGGACGACAUCGUGGGGACGCUGGAGGGGGUGGAUGCGGCGGUGGCGGACGUGGCGGCAACGGCGGGUCCCGCGGGGGGAGCGGCGGCGCAGGGCAAGGGCGCGUCGGGGCUGCUGGAGAGCCUGCAGCAGCAGCUGGAUGCGAUCCAGGGGCAGGCGGGGGGCACGUCGGAGAAGUUGAAGAUGGCGUGGGACUCGGACGACGACGCGUGA